AUGGUGGACUCAUUGGUAGCCGACCAAAUGACUCGCCUGACCCUCAAACUCUUGGAAAAGAAGCUGGAGCGUGAACGUGAGAACAUGGAAGAGGACUCUGAACUCCUGCACAUCGUGGCAGGAGAUGAGGCCAAGCCAGAUGAAGCCCUGAAGAAUGCCCUGAGGAGAAGGAAGGACCUUCUGCAGAGACUCUGGGAACAUCACCUCCUGGAGGAGCUCUCCCGGGCCCACGUUUGGAGAGAUGCAAACAGAGGAACCUGGGGUUCAGCGCUGCCCCCAGAGGUGCCCACUGUGUGCAGCCACCCUGCUGCCUCUCCACCCCCACUGGGCCCAGAGCCACCCCGGAUCAUCCAGCACUCGGUGCCCCAGCCACCUGCCACCAUCAUUCAACAGCUACCUCAUCAGCCCCUAAUUGCACAGAUUCCUCCUCCCCAGGCUUUCCCCACUCAAAAAUCUGGGAGUAUUAAGGAAGAUAUGGUAGAGAUGAUGCUGAUGCAGAAUGCCCAGAUGCACCAGAUCAUUAUGCAGAACAUGAUGCUCAAGGCUUUGCCACCCACAGCACUUGCUGCCCCUGGGCCAAGGGUCACCACUCUGCACUCCACCCCACAGGACCCUCAGCAGCAGUGGGCUCACCCUAUCCUCCUGCGAGCAGAGAAGCAGAGGCUGGCAUCAGUGCACCACCACCACCACUAUGCACCCCCAGGACCACUGCAGCCCAUCUCUGCGCCAGGGACCCCGGUGGGCUACCCCAUGUGGCCCUCAAUGCUUACAGCCACGGAGCUUCCACAGGCUGCUAGCUUCCAGCCUGCAGUGCAUCGUGUGGCUGGCCCCGUGACCACUGCUGCCCUACCUGCCCUUAAUGUGUGA